CGCCGAGCGCGGGCGAAAGUUGCGCUCCGGGAGCGCGGCGGGGGCGGCCGGACCGCGCUCCCUGCUCACCGCCCGGCUCCUCAGCCCCAUCCCGCCGCUCGGCCCGCUCCCGCCAGCCGCUCCGAUGCGGCGGAAGCAGAAGCGGCUGCUGCAGGCGGUGGGGCUGGCGCUGGCCGCCCUCGUCUUCUUGCCCAACGUGGGGCUCUGGUCCUUGUACCGCGAGCGGCAGCUGGAGGGCGGCGGCGCGGCCGGCGGGGACAGGGCGGCCGCCGCGGGGGCAGCGGCCGGCGAGGCGCCGGCACCAUACGUGAGGCAAAAGAAAGACCUUUACUUUGCUGAUGGACAAAGGAAAAAGGACUGGCAUAACAAAGAAGCCAUAAGGAGGGACUCUGAGCGUGUAGGAAAUGGAGAACAGGGAAAACCUUACCCAAUGACUGAUGCAGAGCGAGUGGACCAGGCAUACAGGGAAAAUGGCUUUAAUAUCUUUGUGAGUGAUAAAAUUUCUCUGAAUCGUUCCCUUCCAGACAUCAGGCAUCCAAACUGCAAGAACAAGCUGUACCUGGAGAAGCUGCCGAACACCAGCGUGAUCAUCCCUUUCCACAACGAGGGCUGGUCCUCGCUGCUGCGGACGGUGCACAGCGUCCUGAACCGCUCCCCGCCCGAGCUGGUGGCAGAGAUCGUGCUGGUGGACGACUUCAGUGACAGAGAGCACCUGAAGAAACGCCUGGAGGAUUACAUGGCGCAGUUCCCGAGCGUGCGGAUCCUGCGCACCAAGAGGAGGGAGGGGCUGAUCAGGACCCGCAUGCUGGGGGCCUCGGUGGCCAUCGGGGACGUCAUCACCUUCCUGGACUCCCACUGCGAGGCCAACGUCAACUGGCUGCCACCUCUGCUAGAUCGCAUUGCCCGAAACCGCAAGACUAUCGUUUGUCCAAUGAUUGAUGUUAUUGAUCACGACCACUUUGGAUAUGAGACCCAGGCUGGAGACGCAAUGCGAGGGGCAUUUGACUGGGAGAUGUACUACAAGAGAAUCCCUAUUCCUCCUGAGCUACAGAAACCUGAUCCCAGUGAUCCCUUUGAGUCUCCUGUAAUGGCUGGAGGACUGUUUGCAGUCGAUAGAAAGUGGUUCUGGGAGCUGGGAGGGUAUGAUGCAGGUCUGGAGAUAUGGGGAGGAGAGCAGUAUGAAAUAUCCUUUAAGGUCUGGAUGUGUGGAGGUCGCAUGGAGGACAUCCCUUGCUCUAGAGUUGGUCAUAUCUACAGGAAAUAUGUUCCAUACAAGGUUCCCACAGGAGUCAGCCUGGCAAGAAACCUGAAGAGGGUGGCUGAGGUGUGGAUGGAUGAAUAUGCAGAGUACAUUUACCAGCGCAGACCCGAGUACCGGCACCUCUCGGCGGGCGACGUCGCCGCUCAGAAGGAGCUUCGCAACAACCUCAACUGCAAAAGCUUCAAGUGGUUCAUGAACGAGGUCGCCUGGGACUUGCCCAAGUUCUACCCACCAGUGGAGCCUCCAGCAGCUGCCUGGGGAGAGAUACGCAAUGUGGGAACUGGACUGUGUGUGGACACCAAGCAUGGAGCCCUGGGAUCCCCACUGAGGCUGGAAAACUGUGUGAAGGACAGAGGAGAGGCAGCAUGGAACAACGUGCAGGUAUUCACCUUCAGCUGGAGAGAGGACAUCCGUCCAGGGGAUCCUCAGCACACCAAGAAGUUUUGUUUUGAUGCCAUUUCCCACAGCAGCCCUGUGACCCUCUAUGACUGCCAUGGAAUGAAGGGGAACCAGCUCUGGAGAUACCGAAAACUGUAAUGAGAGAAUCUGCAGACAACCUGUUGUCAUUGUGCCAUUGAUUAAAAAGAGGUGACUCCCCUGUUUCACUGGUUAGAAAGGUGAGGACCCCAGGGCUCCUGAGCAGAGGACACUCUCAGUGCAGUGUCCCCACAGCUGACAAUGAGGUGGUGCAAUGCCCUGGUGUUUGCAAAGAGGUGUUCUGAGAGUUGAUUUGUUCUGAGCACUGCAAUGUCCUGCCAAGAGGAGAUGAGGAUUUAUUCAUCCUCCUGCUAAGCAAUGCUGCUGUAGGCCACAGGUAAGUAAAUUGUUGUCUAAGUGCCCUGUCCUAGUCCUUGCAAUGUGGUGGCAUGGUGCCCGAGAGGGAUGCAGCAGGAUUCCAGCCAGAGCCCCUGGGAAGCUUCAGAGGGUCCCAGUGCAGGUGAGGGAUUGGGCUGCAUUCUGUUGGAAGGGGUGGGAUGAACCCAGACACUUGUCAACCACUUAAGUGUGGAACAACUUCAGAUACACCCAAGUGACAUGACUGGUCUUUAAGACUUCUUUCUGUUGAUUUUAAAACAACUUUCCUUCUUCACUUAAGCAACCUCACAUGAAAUUUCU